AUGGGCUCUAAGUACUCACGGUCCCUCCGAUGCUGCCUGCCCCUGUGGGCCUUCGUACUGCAGGUGGCUUUUAUUAUUCUCUUCUUUUUCAUCUCCUAUGACACCCCCCAAGUGGAUCAGAAGUUAAUGGAGACCUAUCAAGUCUUCCAGGAUUUGACCCUUAUGGCAGCCUUGGGCUUCGGCUUCCUUUCCUCAUCUUUCCGGAGACACAGCUGGAGCAGUGUGGCCUUUAACCUCUUCAUCUUGGCCCUUGGGGUGCAGGGGUCGAUCUUGCUGGAGCGCUUCCUGAGCUGGCCUUUCCUACAGGAUGUAGCCAUCAAUCUGUUCAGCAUCCGGACGGCUACCAUGAGCACAAUACCUGUGCUCAUCUCAGCGGGCGCUGUCCUUGGGAAGGCCAACUUGGUGCAGCUGGCUGUGAUGGUGCUAAUGGAAGCUGCAGCCUUCGGAGCCGUCAGGCUUGUUGACAAGAAGGUCUUCCACAUGGAAGACCACAUAAUCGCAAUGCACGGGCAUGUGUUUGGGGCCUAUUUCGGACUGCUUGUGGCCUGGUGUCUCUCCAGGGGAGUAGGUGAGAAAGCCCAGACAGAGAAGGCUCAGAUGGCCACAAGCUCCAGUCUGUUUGCCAUGCUGGGCACCUUCCUCUUGUGGAUCUUCUGGCCCAGUUUCAACUCUGCUCUGCUGGAAUGGCCAAAUGAGAAGAAGACCGCUGUGCUCAACACCUACUAUGCCCUUGCCGUCAGCGCAGUGACAGCCACCUCCAUGUCAGCCCUGAGCCACCCCCAGGGGAAGAUCAACAUGGUUCACAUCCACAAUGCAGUGCUGGCGGGAGGCGUGGCUGUGGGUGCCCCGUGUUUCCUGAUCACUUCUCCCUGGAUUGCCAUGGUGCUGGGCCUCACAGCGGGGUUGAUCUCCAUUGGGGGAGCCAAGUGCCUGCCGUUCCCUCACUUGGCUGUUGGGUUUUAAGCAGAAACAUCUGAGAAGGAGGCCGAGCGUGGAGCUGCCCCUCUCCGUGUGUUCCCUUCGUGCAGGCAACACGUGUUACAAGGAGGUCUUCCAAGUGGUGAUUUAAGUUUAAACAAUAUGUCUGGUUUCAUGACAGAUACUGUCAAUACUGGUGGCUGCAGACACCUCAUUAAAGUUCUGGCCCGUUCUGUCGACAACUGUUUGCUUCUUUUCACACUUAAUGAAGCCGCCACCCAGGUGGUUAACUGCUGGCUACAGCAGCACAGGAAGUGAUGGGCAAUAAGAAAACUAAGAACCUCACGUCUGGUCACUGCACACAAGCUUUGGACCCCGCAGUUUUACAAGGUCCUCGGAAUCCCCCAGACUGUACUGUGGAGCUGGUUAUGGGGUAAGGGGGGGUGCAAGCUCUCAAGUUCCUAAGAGGACUCAAAUCCAUCAUCUGUGGAUUUGUGAUGUC